UGCUGCUUUGGCAGAUCAGCGGGGAGAGCACACAGAAUGCAGAGAGUCGGCUAUCGUCUUAACAUUUUUCCCAAAGGAUUAAUUUCACCUGCUUCUCUGCUUUUCCUGGUAGACUUUUUCUGUGCCUUUUAAUCCAAAGGAUGGAGUUCUGUCACAUUUUAAACCCCUCUAAAUAGUUUUGGGAAUGGACUUUCUCUCUCCUCCCCAGCCUUUUUUAUUUUUUUUGACAAGUCCGAAAAUUGUGAAGUAAGUGGACAGAGCAACUGAGAGCUGAGAGGGAGAAGACGCUCCAUUCUUUUAGUGCAGUGGGCUGAGGCAGAAAGGCCAUUGUAAUGGUAAAUUGCGUGCAGAAAGGAAGAAAAGACCAAUAAUCAAUCACAAAUGAAGCAUUCGCUUGGAUUUUGGCAAGUUGCUGCCCAGGGGCUUUUAAAUCUAUGAACAUUUUAUUUGCUUUUUUUUUGCCUACGCCUUUAAAACACAAGUUUGAUAUAUCAAGGACAGGAAGAUAAAUCUUUAUAGAGCUGUCAUGCCCAGGAUAGCUGGGAAUGGGGAAAGCACAGUGCUGAAACAACAAUAGAAUGUCACAAUUCUGAAGGAGGAACAAUGUGCUGAAAUGUUGGUGGGAACCGUUUUUAACCCAUCACCUUGGACUGCCGCUCUGAAGAAAAGUUUUCCGUCUCAGGCUCAUCUUGUUUCACUCAUUCAGUAAUGAGCUGUGGGAGCUUCUGGGGCGCAGCUUCGUUGUUCUGUGAUUGCCUGAGUGGGUUUUGUAUUUGACUGAGUAUGUGAUAGGACAGAUGAGGAUGUUGGACAAUAUUAACAGCAGCCUAUCAUCUCCAGAGCCCAGCGCCACCCAGAAGGGAAGAUACAUCUACCUGGAGGCACUGCUCCAAGGAGGCGCGCCGUGGGGAUUCGCGCUGCAGGGCGGGCUGGAGCACGGCCAGCCAUUAAUCAUCUCUAAGGUCGAGGAGGGAGGUAAAGCGGACUCCCUGCCUUCCAAGCUGCGGGCUGGUGACGAAGUGGUGAACAUCAACGAGGUGGAACUGAGCAGCUCCAGAAGAGAGGCCAUCUCCCUGGUUAAAGGGUCCUACAAGAAACUCAAGCUGGUCGUCCGCAGGUUUCCAUGGGCACCCCGUCCCCUCAUGGCUGCAGUGGGACUGAUCAGACAGUCAGGAUUACUCAUGGACACGCAUGCAGCCGAGGGAUGCGCCGGCCUGUCUGCCAGCCCAGCCUGUGUGACCGCUGACUUUCCGCCCAGCAAAACCACGUGGUCGGGAGGAGUUAAGUUGCGGCUGAAGACCAGGCGGAGUGAAACUCCAGGCCGACCUCACUCCUGGCAUUCAGUCAAACUUGCGGAGAACCAGCCCGAUCCCAGCAUGAUGCAAAUAUCUCAGGGUACGCUUGGCACCCCUUGGCAUCAGUCCUACCACUCCAGCUCCUCAACCAGCGAUCUCUCUGGCUACGAGCAUGGCUAUCUGAGGAGAAGUCCCGACCAGUACAGCUCCCGGGGCAGCAUGGAGAGCUUGGACCACUCCUCCCCUGCCUACUACCCUUGUCACCUGUCCCCGGCCAAAUCCACCAACAGCAUCGACCAGCUCUCCCACCUCCACAGCAAGAGAGACUCUGCCUACAGCUCCUUUUCCACCAACUCCAGCAUCCCUGAGUAUCCCGCUCCUCUGCUGGGCAAGGAGCACUCCUGCUCCACGGACAGCGUGCACCCCCGCGGCGGCCCGCAGGAGGGGAUGAGGCAAGCCGACAUCAGGUACGUCAGGACGGUCUACGACGCCCAGCGAGGGAUCUCCGAGGAGUACGAGGUGAAGUCCUCCGCCUUGCUCCCGAGCUGCGAGGCCCGUGCCCCGCUGGACGGUCGUGGCCGCGGCAUGCUCCACGGCUUCGGCCGGCACAACGCAGCUCCCUCCUGGGCACAGCCAGCCCAGGGCUCCUCGGACAGCCAGAACCAGUCCCCCAGGGGGCCCCCUUUGCCUCCCGCCCGCAGCGACAGCUACGCGGCCAUCAGGCACCACGAGAGGCCCAGCUCCUGCGCUGGCCUUGACCUGAGCAAGCCCAGUCGAAGCCAGCCGAAAGGGACGUGGCCUCCGCUUGUCAGCACUCUCUCCCAGGGGCUGAAGAGCCCCUUUGCAGAAGGGCUUCUGCACACUGUGGUGGAGAAGAGCCCAGAGAGCAGCCCCACCGUGAAGCCCAAGCAGAGCUACUCCCAGCCAGGGCAGCCCCUGCUGCCUACUGGUGUCUACCCGGUACCUUCCCCAGAGCCGCACUACGCCCAGGUGCCCCAGCCUUCGGCAAGCAAUAACGGGACGCUUUAUCCAGCUCUGGCCAAAGAAAGCGGGUACUCGCCACCCAUUCCAGUCUCAAAGGCUGUAGCCAGCAGCACCUUGGGCUUUGAUGAGAAUGGAAACCAAAGCACUACAAACAGAUCAGCUGUCUUCUACCAGUCCCUAGCUGCUGAGAAAAAGCACGAUGCUGCAGCAAAACUUCUCCAGCAAAAACCUUCUAGCUCGGUUGGCCCAGAAGUCUGUCUGACCACAUCGAGAAAGGAGGAGCUGUUACCCAAACACAGCUUUCAAGCUCCACAGCCGCAGCUGAGGGAUGCUGGUGAGAGAAGAACCCAUUACCAGCCCAAAGAGGACUGGGUGGCCGAAUCCCAGGAGGACAAAAAUGGUAAUGCACAGAUAAACGAGAGAGACGCUGCUGCUCAUCACCAGUGGGGUCACAGCACGGCCAAGCAGUAUGGCUUCUCCUCCUUGCAGAACAUCCCAGAGAGUUCCAGGAGGCAAAGCAGCUCCGAGCUAAGAGAGAUGCAGCCAGGCGAGGGCUACUGCAACACCAGACUGUCCUUCUUGAACAGCAGCUGUAAAGAGGAGAAGGAUCACAGGGAACAGGGGCCCAGACAGUGGAGUGACAUGAACACACAGGCCUUUGGGAGUCAGGAAGAGGGGGGCAUGAGCACAGCCCCAUUCCAUGCUGCUGAGCCCAAAUGCGAAGAGCCCCCUUCGCCGCAGCACCCAAAGGCCUCUGAUUUUGGGAGGAGCCGGCUCAGUUCUAGCAGCACCCAAAGCUUUCCCUACGGCAAACCAGACCCCAGCAAGCCCCGCUGCUCGGUGCUGGAGAAGGUCAGCAAGUUUGAGCAGCGAGAGCAGAGCACUCACCGGCCCUCCAGCGCUGGCGUGCCCAGCUUCGGCCAGCACUACGGGCCAAGCAGGGCGAGCCAGCCCUCGGGCACCAGGUCCUCUCUCAACAGCCUGGAGGACACGCGGGGCAAGCUCCACGAGCCCGGCCACCUGCCCGCUGAGCCAGGCAGGCUCUCCAGCCCCUCCGUCAGGAACGGGAAGCUUGAAGAGCUCGACUGGCGCCCCGUGGAGCUGCAGAUGGUGGCUUCGGCGAAGCAGGCGAGAGCCAGCGAAUGCUACAGCCUGUGUCCUGAAAGCAAGGUGCAAGUAAGGACGGCUCAGCUGCCAAGGAGUAAAAGCACGUUCCAGCUGGGAGAGGAGCCGGAGAAGGAGGUCCUGUGGAAGGACAACAUCCAGGAUGCCCACGGCUCGCAGCUGGACACACCGUUCAACAGGGCCUACAGGAACAGCAUCAAAGACGCUCAGUCCAGGGUGCUGAGGGCCACUUCGUUCCGCCGUAUCAGCCCCCCGUUUGGGAGCACACCCAAGAGGACCGCGCAGAGGCCCGCCUCGGCCCACGUGGGCAUGAGGAGCACGGCUGCAUCGCCGCACACCCCGAAGGAGAGGCACAGCGUCACGCCGACAGAAAGCAGCCUCUCCGCCAUGGACUAUGCCAAGGCGCAGCACAUCUUGCGCAUCGGGGGCCGAAGGCGGCUGACGGCGGAGCAGAAGAAGCGGUCGUACUCAGAGCCGGAGAAGAUGAAUGAGGUGGGCAUCUCUGACGGGGACCAGUCACCUUUCUCCUUCCAGAAGAAAGGGCUCCAUUUUGUCUUCCCAGAGAAUACGGUGGCUGAUCGGCGUAAGAUCUUUGAAAGGGAUGGCAAAACUUCCUCCACAGCCAGCAUCUCCAAGCCGGAGCUCAAGCAGCUCCAGCAGAGCGCCCUUGCUGACUACAUGCAGCGCAAAACAGGGAGACGGCCGUCCUCGCAGGACGUGGGGCUGCUGAGGGAGCGCUCCCACAGCUCCUACCUACAGGCAGGUGGCCCAGACAGCCAGAGCCUUUCCUCCGCCUCCAGCAUGAAUUCCCUGCAGGACCAGAACCUGUACCGCCGGAGAGAGUCCCUAGAGCAGGUGUGCAGGACGGGGCGGAUAUCUUCCACCCUUCCUCCUGGACUGAUGGGCUGCUUCGACGUGAGCGGAGAUGAGAAGAAGAAAGGGCGGAAGGACAGCUCGGUCACAAGCCGCCUGAAAACGGACAGGUGCCGGGAUUCCAGAGCCAAAGCAGAGCUCAGCAAAGGCACACAGACAGACCUGCUGGGCGCGCAGGGCCAGCCGCGCUGCGGGAAGCAGGAGCAGGGCUUUGAAAGACGCUCGAGCACCAGGAAAUCUGGGAAAUCCAUGUCUGUGGAAGACUUGCUCGAUAGGUACGACAAUCAGAAAGUCCCUGUGCAUGUACGUUCCAGAUCGUCUCCCACGGCAGAUAAGGAACACCAGGACCUGCUGAGAAGGGAAAACAGCGAAUUUGGCCCCAUGGUGAGAGAUCCUUUCUAUGUGGUCAGCGCAGGAGCCAGGUCUACCACCAAGAAAGAAAGAAGCCAUUCAGAAAAAAUGGCAUUCACAAGUUAUUACCCUCAUCCUCACCGCAGCAGCGACAUUGCCACCGGGUCUGCCACACUGACCGAGAACCACAAGCUCUCAGAACUUUCCAGGCCAGAUAGCAGGACUUCUGCAUUUGUCCCAUCCCCAACAGAGGCAAGGAGUCACUAUCCUGAGCAAAAGCAAGGCUUUAAACCCUUGUUCCUUAACCUUAUUCCUUCUGGAUCUAGCCAGUCCUCCCUGAAUACGCCCACCCAGACUCCUUCAGACUUCCAGACUGCAGGUCCGAGACAGCACCAUGCCAAACGAGAUGCCGGUCCUCCCGAGGGCAGCGGUAAUGUUCAAGCACAGUCUUUCGAUGCUGUCCAGGAUAGGUUCCCUGAGACUCCCACGGAAGAAAUGAUGUGGAGAAGGAAAGCGGGGCCGCUUCACAGAUCCCUGCCGCCCAAAGUGGUGUGGGCUCACUUGGUGAAAGACAACAGCUACUCCAGGGCUGUGAUGCCUCCUCCAGCAGCUGGGCUGAAGUUCUCCCAGAGGUGGCAGUCCCUGCCGACACACAGCAGCACUUCUUCCGACCCAGACACUCCUUCUCCCCAGGGGACAACCCAUCUCCGCAUCUCGGAAUCGGCCCUGCAGCUCACGCCGCCGGCAUUGCUGCAGGACGAUGACGAUGACGAGGUGUUUGUCAUGCCUUCCCAGCCCGCUCCAUCCAUCUCACCGCUGCUGCCAUCCCAUCCUCCUCCUGCGCUGAGCUCUUGCCCUUCUGCAAGCGGCGAGGAGGAAUUCCCUCCUCUUCCCCCACCGGCGGUGCUGCAGGAGAGCGGGGCAGCUGGAGACAAAUCCGCCAGGCUCACAGAGGAGGCCGCAGCAAGCAGCUUCCAAAGCUUUCCCAAAGCCCUGGCCGAGAGGGAGGUAACAGAGCUGGGCACCAGUGUCGGUGAGAAUAGUCGGUCCCUCUCACCACCUGCGUCAAAGCGGACUAGCUCUCCAUCUGCUGUGGAUAAGCAGCACCAGUUACCUGCUGGUUCUGAAGGUGCUCAGAGCUCUGAUAGAGAGCUCACAACUCCACCUGAAGGCAACCGCAGCGACCCAGCAGUCACCGGGGAGUCCGAAACCAGCAGCCUGGACACCGGGACACCCAGCGCGGCACCUCCAGCCACGACAAAGACAAAGACCCCAGAGGAUAUUAAGUCAGAGGCUCUAGCAAAAGAGAUCAUCCAUAAAGACAAGUCUCUGGCCGAUAUCUUGGAUCCAGAUUCCAAAAUGAAGACAACCAUGGACUUAAUGGAAGGGCUUUUCCCCAGUGGAACGAGCUUGCUGAAGGAGAACAACAUGAAAAGGAAGAUGACACAGAAGAAAGCUGGCAGGACAGUAACCACAGAAGACACGAAAGAAGAAAAGGAAACUCCUGUGACCCUGGUCACCUGUCCUGCUUAUUACAGUGUUUCGGCACCCAAAGCGGAACUGCUGAAUAAAAUCAAGGACUUGCCAGAAGAAAUAGGCGAGGAAGAGGAGUUGCUGGACAUCAAUGAGAAGAAGGCUGAGCUCAUCGGGAGCUUGACCCACAAGCUGGAAAUCCUGAAGGAAGCCAAGGAGGGCCUGCUUGCAGACAUUAAGAUGAAUAAUGCUCUCGGAGAGGAGGUGGAGCUGCUGAUCAGCCAGCUGUGCAAACCUAACGAGUUUGACAAAUACAAGAUGUUCAUUGGCGAUUUGGAUAAGGUGGUGAACCUCUUGCUCUCCCUCUCAGGACGCCUGGCCCGGGUAGAGAAUGUUUUGAGCAGUCUAGGGGAAAAUGCCAACAGUGAAGAGCGGAGUUCGCUGAACGAGAAGAGGAAACUGCUGGCUGGCCAGCACGAGGACGCCCGGGAACUCAAGGAAAACCUCGACCGUAGAGAACGCGUGGUCUUGGAGAUCCUGGGCAACUACUUCUCCGAGGAACAGCUCCAGGAUUACCAGCACUUUGUCAAGAUGAAGUCCGCGCUCCUCAUAGAGCAGCGAGAGCUGGACGAUAAAAUCAAACUGGGUCAGGAACAGCUCAAGUGCCUGAUGGAAAGCCUCCCCACGGACUUCACGCCCAGGGAUGCGACAGCAGCAGCUGCCCUGGCUGCAGCACUUGCUACCUCCGCCGGGGCCGGGGGUAAAACACCUCCCGCCGCCUCCUCGCUCUGACCAUCCCCAGGUGGACCCUGGGUCACGUCCUCCCGCUCGAGCCUGUUUAACCCGAGUCCUGGGCAGGUGGUUCUCUGCAAUGACAAUGAACAGGUUCAAAACGAGAUUUUAAUGAAGGAAAAAAAAAAGUAGCAAUAAUAAAUGUUUUGUUUUCCUUUCCUUACACCUCUGCUUCCUGGAAACUUAAAUCAAUGUGGACACAAGUCUCCUCCUGCCAGGGAUGAGGAAGAGUCUCACGAGAAAUAAACACAUGACCUGUAAUAAAACACAUGACCUCUUCUCUUCCCUCCCUUUCCUGCCUACCUGGCACCACAUUAAAUAAUGAAGGAUCUAAAAGAAUGAAGCCUUAAAAAUAAAACCAACCCAUUCUACCGAACAUUAUUGAUAUCUAUAUUUUUUAAAGAAAAGACGGAAUGUGUAAGUUUUGUACAUACUCUAAUCAGGUACUUGAUUUUACUUUGUUCUGUAUGUAGAAAAGACACUUAAUUUGUAUUUUGUGCAAACCUUAACAAAAAGAGGGAACCCCAAAGAUAGUCAUGCAGUAGCUUGGAACAUCUCUUCGUGCUUUUGUUGAUGUUGUUGUUCUUGUUUUUUAAUAUAAUAAAGGGCUAUCGGAAGAAGUUUCAA